CAUCGCCUUCAGCACAGUUGCCAUAAAAAUUCGUUCCCGGCGGCGAGAUUUCAGUCCGAUCAUUGUUGAUCGAAGGAGACUCCUGAGAACCGAAUCGGACGCAGUAAUCGGAUUCCGAUCAUGUGGAGAAGGCUCGCAAUCCGCCUUUGUGCUGUCGCGCCGUCGCGAUCUGCUCCGAGGAUCGUCCGAAGGGGAGUGGGAUCUGCGACUGCUCCGAUGAAAGCCGUUCGUCCAUUCGCCGCCUUAUCGCACCAUUUUUCGAGUGCAUCUGGGAAUGCGCCUCCAAAGAGAGUUGAGGAUGUAAUGCCGAUUGCUACUGGUCAUGAGCGUGAAGAGCUCCAGGCCGAGCUUGAAGGAAAGCACAUUCUGGAAAUCAAUUAUCCCUGCGGUCCCUUUGGAACGAAGGAGGAACCUGCUGUAAUUAAGUCUUAUUAUGAAAAAAGAAUUGUUGGAUGCCCAGGCGGUGAAGGAGAGGAUGAGCACGACGUUGUUUGGUUCUGGCUAGAGAAGGGCAAGCCUUGUGAAUGCCCAGUGUGCUCACAAUACUUUGUGUUGGAAGUGGUUGGUCCGGGUGGGUUGCCAAACAGCCUUGGAGAAGAAGGCAGCCACCAUCACUAAGCAUACUCUGGCAAUUUUACUGCCAGAAUAAGAUCUGGUAUCUGAGUUAGGUACUUAUAUUAUUCUUCGGAGUUCAAUGAGUUGCGUUUGUGGCAACUUUAACCUGUUCUUGUUCUUGGUGGGUUUUCGGGAUUCAAAUCAUUAGUAAUUUGCCCCUUGGAAAUAAGGAUUUUGAUGGCAAAUAGCUAAUUUUGUCACUUUAAUAUCGCUUAUGAUCAAAGAGUAUUUUUGCAUUAGUAUCCAUAUACUUGCGCUUUUGUUAUGAUAGUCUUUGGAGUUAUUUGAUGUUGAUUAUGUUUCAUUUUUA